GAAGAAAGACAAGCCCCUGAUUCUCGAUUCGUAUCUCGAUUUCGUCAUGGAGCGAGCAGAGGAAAUCCGGCGGAGGAAUCAGGAGCGGCUCCUGUACACCAACUCGCGCGGCGGAUCGUUGGAUUCCAGAGGCCAUCCGUGGGAGUCGGUGCCAUUUAAACACCCCAGCACAUUUCACACAUUGGCCAUGGACCCACAGAAGAAGCAGCAGAUAAUGGAGGAUCUUCAAGAUUUCGCUAACGGCCAAAGUUUUUACCAGCAGACAGGCCGGGCCUGGAAAAGGGGCUAUCUCCUGUAUGGCCCCCCUGGCACUGGCAAAUCCAGUAUGAUCGCGGCCAUGGCCAAUUUCCUUGGCUACGACAUUUACGAUCUCGAGCUCACUGAAGUUCAUAACAAUUCCGAGCUUCGGAAGCUCCUUAUGAAGACCACCUCCAAAUCGAUUAUUGUGAUCGAGGACAUUGAUUGCUCCAUCAAUCUCUCCGAUCGGAAGAAGAAGAAGAAUUCCGCCAGGAACUACUGCGAUUUGGGGGAUUUGCGCUGCGGGGGCGGUGGCUACGGCUCUGUUUCCGGCGACGACGGCGGCGGGGGCGGUGGCUCGAUUACGCUGUCCGGGCUACUGAAUUUCACCGAUGGGCUGUGGUCGUGCUGCGGCAGCGAGAGGAUUUUCGUGUUCACGACGAACCACAUUGAGAAGCUGGACCCGGCAUUGCUUCGGAGUGGGAGAAUGGAUAUGCACAUUUUCAUGAGUUACUGUUCUUUUCCGGCAUUGAAGAUUCUUCUGAGGAAUUACUUAAAUUCCGAAGAAGACGAAGUCGAUUGCGAAAUUUUGGACGAAAUUAAACAAGUAAUUGAGAAGGCGAAGAUGACGCCGGCCGACGUGAGCGAGCUUCUGAUCAAGAAUCGCCGCCACAAGAACAGAGCCAUGGCGGAGUUACUGGAGACAUUGAAAUCAAGAGCAGAGAAAAACGAGAAAAAUGGACGAUUAAUGAAGGAGAUGGGAGAAGAAGAAGAAGCUGAAGAACAGGAGAAGAGAGCUCUGGAUAGUCCAAAAGAAGGGUCUGAAUUCAUGGAGGAUUGCAGCAAAGAAGACGAUGAAAAAGAAAGCCACAAUUUCWUUGGGUAGUAAAAAUGGUAAAAUUCAUUUUUAUUUCCCCUCUUCUUUUUUCCUCUCAUGGUCAUGGUUCAGUGACUGAAGUGAAAAAAAGGUUACAAAAGGAAAAAUUUUUACUGUGGUGAGGAAAAUGAAGAUCUGUGAAAUCAUUUUGGAUCCAAUCCUUCUUAACAUGUCAAAAAAUCUAUCAUCAUUAUUGUUAAAAUAAUGAAAUUUAUAUUACGUCA